GUUGGUUCUUGCUCUGAUUGUGAUUCUGGUAGUGACAUUUAAAUAUUGUAAUUUUAAAAACACUGAAACAAUGAACACAAAGCGAAAGCAAAAGCAUACAAAAUAAUCGAUACUGUCGUCUCCCACCAGAGUUUAAAUCCAACUGAUGUGGAGCUUGCUCGUUACGUGUAGUCGGAAUAUAGAAUUCAAGUAUCAAAGCUUCAGCUUCAGCUCCAGCUUCGGCUUUUACUUCGGGUUCGGGUUCGGCGGUAUCGCAUACAUGUUGUCCCUUUUUCUUUUUAAAAAAGCACACUGUCAGUGAGUUUAUUGUGCUCCCGUGGUGGUAAUUUUUACUUACACACUUAAACAUCCGGCAGUCUCUUUCUUUUGUCCAUCUGUAUGCUGAUACUCACCACUCAGUGACUGGUGCUAGUGAUGGUGGGUGCUGGUGCUGGUACUGCUACUGAUACUUAGUAUGUGUUCAAUGAGUGCUGUGCCGGAGACUGCGCGGCUCUUUAUUCAUCCUCGACACUAGACACAGACUCUUCUGCUCAUGUCUUAUCAUCACUCCAGUACGUGACAACUCGUCUUGUCUGCUGGAGUUUUACCACUCAUUUAUUUUCAUUAUUUUAUUAUUAUAUUAUUUCAUAUUUUUUUAGAGUUAUGGAUUUUUUUACUCAUAGAUUAAACUAAAAUAAAAGAAGAUUGUCAGGAAAAUAACAAAAAUAAAAAAAGAUGACAACGAGAUCAAAGGAAAAAGUCGUGGCGGCGUUUAGAAAAAUAUUCAGAUCCUCGGACAAAAUAACGAGUCACCACAACCAGGAGGAUGCGAGCAGCUCGACGAAUUCCCCUCGCAGGCUGCUGGGUCGGCACCGGCCCGACGCGGUGACUCCAGCAGAAGCCGGACAUCUCAAAGAAGACCCGGGGACCAGCGCGCUUCAGGUACACAGGCUGUGCACGUGCAAGUCCAAGAAGAGCCACCUGGGAAACUGUCCCGCGCAGACAGGAAUCCCCGAGCGCGGGGUCCGGCUCAGAAGGCUGAUGAAGGAGCUCACAGAGAUACAAAAAUCUCAACACCAGCGAGACGCGACUUUCACCGCGGAGUUGGUGAAUGACAAUCUCUUUGAGUGGCACGUGAGGCUCCACAAAAUAGAUCCGGAAAGUGAGCUUGCUGGGGACAUGAGGGAACUUAAUAUUCCGCAUAUUUUAUUACAUAUUACGUUUCCGGAUAAUUUUCCAUUCGCGCCGCCUUUCAUGCGUGUUAUAUCUCCGAGAAUAGAGAAAGGUUUUGUUAUGGAGGGCGGUGCUAUUUGUAUGGAAUUACUUACUCCGAGAGGGUGGGCAAGUGCAUACACUAUUGAAGCUGUUAUUACUCAAUUUGCUGCUAGUAUAGUUAAAGGACAGGGUCGCAUUGCAAGAAAGCCAAAAACAAACAAAGAAUUCAAUCGCCGGUCAGCAGAAGAGUCAUUUCGAAGUCUGGUAAAAGCUCACGAAAAAUACGGAUGGGUGACACCGCCGCUCGCAGAAGGUUAAAGCGAAAUUCCACAUUCACAUCCCAUUUAAAUAAUUAAUUAAAUAAUAAAAAUACAUACUAAGCAGGUAAAUAACCUGGGAUUGGUCCAAGCUUCCUCGAACCCUUUUAAAACAACCAGAAAAAUUUUUAAUCACCAAUUGACGCGUUGCUAUUUUAUUCCUCUUAUAUAUUAAUAAUAAUAAAUAAAUAAAAAUCCAUACAGUACAUAAAUAUAUAUUUCUAUAUAAUCAUUAGCGUUAAUAAUGAAAAUAUUUAAGCCACGUUAUCAUUAAAUUUUAAGUAAUUAAAAUUUUAAAAACCAUUAUUUGUUAUUUUUAUUUUUAAUUAUUGAACUUUAAUUGUUGAAAAAAGAAAAAUAUUUGAAUUCAAAAGUGAUAUUAAUGUUGGUUAAUUAAAAUGUAUGAUCAUAAGCUCAUAAAUUGACGAUAAUAUAAAUAUAUAUAUAUAUAUAAAUAUUUACGACACCGGUACAAUGUUUGUUGUCUUUCAAUCAAAAAAUAACAUAAAUAAAAUGAAAACAUAAUUAAUUGCUAGUCAUGCUAUUGU